AUGUCCUUGUCAGGCAAAGUCGCCAUCGUCACCGGCGGCGCGCGAGGCAUCGGCGCCGCCAUCGCGUUGAAGCUCGCACGAGAAGGGGCCAGGGUCGCCUUCACCUUUGUAAACACUUCAUCCAUAGCCAAGGCCCAUGAGGUCAUAUCCGAGAUCGAGGCCUGCGGAUCCUCGGCGACCGCCAUCCAAGCCGACGUCUCCAAGCAUCAGAAAAAGGUCAUCGAGCGGACCAUGAUGGCGUUUGGCGUGACCAAGAUCGAUAUCCUGGUCAACAACGCUGCCGCGACGCUCAGCGCAACACUCGACGACACCACCACCGAGGACUACGACCGCAUCUUCGACACCAACACGCGCGCCGUGUUCUUUAUGAUGCAAGCCGUCAAGCCGCACAUUGCGCCGGGCGGUCGCAUCAUCAACAUCUCAUCCGUCGCCGCGCGCGCCGAUUCGCCGGGCAGCAUGGCCUACGCGGGGAGCAAGGCGGCCGUCGAGGCGUUUACGCGCGUCGCCGCGCGGGAGAUGGGGCAGGCGCAUGGCGUGACUGUGAAUUGUAUCAGCCCGGGGACGGUCAAGACGGAGAUGUUUGAUUCGCUGCCCGACGAUCAGCGCAGCGCCGACUUGGAGAGGGCUUCGCUUACGCCUGCCGAGGCGAGACUGGGCGCCGUUGAGGACAUUGCCGACGUUGUUGCGUUUGUGGCGAGCGACGAGUCGAGGUGGAUUACGGGGACGGUGAUCCCCGUCAACGGGGGCCGUCUGAUGAACUGA